AUGGCUAUCGCUGAUCAUAAGAAGUUUUUGGCGGAAGCUGUCUUUCAUGAACGUCGUACGGUUACAUAUCGCUCGCUGGGCCGAGCAUUGAGAGUACACAGCACCCUCGCGAAGCAAAUGCUCUAUGAGUUUCACCUCAAUGAAAACUCCAAGAAACCGUCCAGCGUGCACGCCACCUAUGUCCUCACGGGGGUGCCCAAGCCCGUCGAACCCGUGAGGAACGGAGCCACUGCCAAUGGCAACGGUGACAACGAAGAUGAUAUAAUGCCGAGCAGUCCUUAUAUCAGCAGCUCGCUGCCCAACCCGGAAACUGAAUCGGACCAAGUUCCUGUAUCUGCCGUACUGCUGGCGCGGGAGGAAGAUCUAGAAGGCAACCUGCAACCUACCAUACUGCAGGAUCUCAAUGUGCUCACUGAUGUCAGUCGUGAGAUGCUGGUUAACCAUGCGCACGAGGAUCCACUGGAGUACGGAAAGCAGUGGGGGAUGGUUCAAAAUACGAAUGUCAUGAGGAGAACAGGUGUACGACCACCACCUCCCCCUUCGAGUACGGUGCCAGCAAAAAGACCUGCCCAAUCUGAACCCUUACAACCGGGAAAAGCUGAAAUCAAGAACGAGGAACCACCCAAGCCUCUGCAACGCCAGAAUUCUGCUUCGUCAGCGAAGACGAACGAAAAGAUCCCUCCGGCAAAAAAAGAAAAAGGCAGCUUAUUCAGUUCUUUCGCUAAAGCGAAACCGAAGCUCAAGAAAGAAGAUCCUGCCACAUCAGCUGCCUCUGCUGCUGAGUCGACUGCAACUAGCGGUGCCGAAGAUGUCGUCGACGAUGCUUCUGAAGAUGAGCAAGAAGAUCUCUUCCCAGAAUCGAGGAAGGAAGGCCCGAGUGAGACCCGCGAAAGCAGAAAGGAACGAGAUGAGAGGCUUAGAAAGAUGAUGGAAGAUGACGGUGGGUUGGUCUCGAACAUUGUGCAUCAUCGAAUACUAAUGAGCGCAGAUGAAGAUGAAGAGAUGAUCGAUGCUACAGAGCCGCCAACAGAAUCCGAAACCAUAGACAAGCCGCCCCCCAAGCAAGAGGACCUCAAGGUUGAAGCCACGGUCAAAGGCGGUCGUCGCAGAGGACGGCGGCAAGUCAUGAAGAAAGUAGUUAAGAAGGAUAGCGAAGGCUACCUCGUAACUGUCGAGGAACCGAGCUGGGAGUCAUUCUCGGAGGAUGAGCCUACACCACCACCGCCCAAGAAAAAGCCAGGAGUGAGUGCUCCGAAGGCAAAACCUGGGACCAAAGCAGGGCAGGGGAACAUCAUGUCGUUCUUUGGAAAGAAGUGA